AAAAGAUAUUAUUACUUAGUCUCAUUACUAGUUACAAUCAUUGAAGGUUUCAAUAUUGUUCAAUGGAAAAAUAUUAGAAUACUGGUUACAGCCAGAAUAACUUGGAAAUAAAGUUUGCCAAAAAAAUACUCAUCUCUCUGAUGUGCUGUGACAUAAACUGGCGCUUUACAAUGCUAGUACAUACAGCAUGAGUGUCUUGUGGUGAAUCAUGCCUACUAUGCAGAAAUAGGUACAGUUUUUUGUAUGCGAAACGUGCAGGAAAGAUAAGACGACUUGCCAUUUUAGUAAACGAUUCGCUAAAAUGUGUUGCUUAUCUUUUCUGUGAUCUUCUUAUCUUUAUCGUCAAUCAUCGUUUCCGUAAGCAUCUCCUGUAACUGCUUUGGCCUGAUUUCUUCCAGUUUGCUCUAUACUGUCAGCCAAACAAUGUUGAACAAAAUGUUACCUAUAAUUGACAUUACAGACUUGUCACUCGAAAAUUCGAAGAAAUUAGUUGAUGCAGCAACAAAAUACGGCUUUUUGUUACUAAAAAACCAUCCUCUGGAUAAGGAAAACAGUGUAGACAAACUCUUUGACUUAUCCAAGCAAUUCUUUGAUUUACCUGCUGAGGUCAAAGCAAAAAAUCCAAUAAGCACCGCUAAUGACGGCUAUAUUGGUCCGAUGGUGGAAGAUUUGCAACAAGAUGGAAGCGACAAGGGGGACCCGAAAGAGGCAUUCAACAUAACGCAUUUUGACCUGUCUAACUUCAGGCCUGUACAGAACCUACCAGAAGUAUUUGAAAAGGAUCUUUCUUUCAUUUCAUCGUGUUUGAAGAGAUACUACUCGGUUCUUCAUUCUGUCUGCAGAAUGUUAGCCAUUGGAUUGGACGUUAGAGAUAGCGAAGGUAACCCUAACCCAGAGUUUUUUGUAGACGCCCAUGCGCUAGACUUGAAGGCACGUUCCACAUUGAGACUAAUCCACUAUCCAAAACCAGCAAAAGGCAUGGAAGACACAAAUCAAGCCGGUGCACAUACAGAUUAUGGUUCGUUGACUUUUGUUUUCCAGAGACCUCAUCGGGGAUUACAAAUCUACGAUGGAUUUGAGUGGAUUGAUGUCGAAAUUCCAGAGAUGGAAGGUGAAGAGCUUCUAAUUGUUAACAUGGCAGACAUGUUAAGUUUCUGGACAAACGGAUACUUGAAAAGCACGUUGCACAGGGUCCGGACUACUGAGGAGAGAUACUCCGUCGUCUUUUUCUGUCAACCUGCAGAUGUUGUCAAGCUUGAACCAGUAAACUCCGAACUCAUACGGAACCACCCUGGAAACUACUUCUCUCUCAAGAAGGACGGCAAGCCAUUGUCGUCACUUGAGCAUCUCAUGCUGCGACUAGACCAGGGGUAUAAGCGCAAGUCAACUACCACUACUAUGUAGAGAUAUACGUAAGGCAAGC